GUGCAUGAGGUCCAGUCCUUCGUGAUGACAGUGUGCAGGAGCAGCUGCUCUGUCACUUCUCUUAUUCUCGCACUGGUUUUAUCCCUGGUGGCUCCGGGUCAGUCAGGAUGUCGGGAUGCGGGUCUGUGCUGCACCGGCCGGGACCCGUCCUGUGUCAGCAGAGGAUGGAGGUCUGACCGCUCCUAUGGUACCUGCUACUGCGACCAGACCUGCGUGUUCACCAUGGACUGCUGCCACGACUAUGAGACAUCCUGCCCAGCUGUGUCCUGUGUGGUGAGUGAAUGGACGCAGUGGUCCGGCUGUGCUGAGCCGUGCAAGGCCACAGUCCGCAGGAGGAGCAGGACCAUCGUGCAGGAGCCGCACAACGCAGGCAAACCCUGUCCCCACCUGGAGGAACAUGCCGGCUGUGCAGAGUACUGGACUCACGAAGGACACUGUCAUAACUCCCUAGUCCCAGCUCUCAUUACCAGCGGUGGCUAUGGCAACGCCAGGAAGAAAAGAGACAUCCCUGACAGCAGUGCCAUCAUAGGGUACUGUGUCCAGUUUCAGUUGACCUCUCUGACAAAAGGAUGCCAGCAGAGUGCAGACCCGCACACACAGUGGAUGCAGAACCUCAGGGAGGGGCACCGCGUGUGUGUUGAGUGCCAGCCGCCCGCUCUCGCCGCUGGACAGACGCACUGUGCCGGAGACGCAGUGGAAGAGGAAGAGAGCAGGAGACGGUCUCUCCAGUGGCAGGCGGUGGGAAACCCUCGCUGCAGGGGAGCGUGGAGGCGUGUGGGGAGGCUGGAGGCGUGCUCCUGUCCAACAGCCCACAGCUUCCUUUUCAUCUAACCUCCUCCCUUCUGUAAGCCUCCCUCCUGCACAUAUUGACUCUGACACGUGUACAAAGAACAACCUGCCUGCUUGGGUUCAUAACAGCCAGAAUUACAAACCUGUUCAGUUUAAUGAGGCUGAAUGUAGGCUAAGGAAAAUACUAUUUCUUACUCAGAAUAUAUCCAACUUACUUACAUCAUACCAUAAAAAAAUUGAAUAUUUUUGCAUUAAAACAGCAGAUAAAGAAUAAAACAAUAAAAUGACAGUCAGAAAUUCCUAAGCAAAAUGUAAAGUGAUCUGGUUU